GGAUGGAGCUAUGGAGGAAGUUCCUGCAGGUGAAAAGGAGAAGAAAGGUCUUAUCCAGCUGAGAAAUGAGAUGAUAUAUUACCUAACAGCUCACCCAACAGUUGUGGAAGGAAGUAGUACUAUUUUCCGACUUUGGUGCCUACUUCUGCACUUAGAAAUAGGUCACAAGAAGGAUGGUGCCAUUCGAAAUCUUUGGUGUCAGGAUGCUUCCAAAAGGGAAGCUUCAGGUGACUGCCUAUCCUCAUUGAUACUAGACUCAAGUUGUGAGGUUCAAGAAUACGAAGCAGGUUAUUUUCUCCAUACUUUCAUUCGUUCCCCUUGUCACCCUAACCAUGUGAAUUUGGAAGAUGUUGGCCUCCAGGCUUCAGAGAGUGUUGUAAUUUCAUCUCAGACUGAACUUGCUCUAUGUUUAGGAGUUAUUUCAAGCUUCAGGAAUGGAGGAGUUUGUGUCAUCAUGGACCGAAAUCUGAAGGACUAUCCCAAUUGGCGAAGCAAAAUGUUUUCUGUUGACCGGUGUGAGUACCAGAACACAAUGAGUAUUAACUUCACAAAUAUUGCCAGGCUUUUGAUGGACACCCCAAGGGCCACUGUUUUAAGGUCACUGAUUAUUGACAAAACUGUACCAUCCUUCAAGAAAGGCCUUCCACAAGAGGUUGUGAGUAAAGGGAAGCACAUCUUGAAGCGGCUGAACAAAAUCCAGCAGCGUGCAGUUCUUAGGACACUGAUGGCAGAUGAUUAUAGCCUUCUUAAGGGCUUUCCUGGUACUGGUAAAACAUCAACAAUUGUUGCCUUGGUUGAGUUGAUGGUUGCCCUAGGUCAUUCAGUUUUACUAACUAGUUACACCCAUUCUGCAGUGGAUAACAUUCUUCUGAAGCUUAAGUCCCUCAACAUCGAUUUUCUACGUCUGGGAAGAAUAGCUCGUAUCCAUCCAGACUUGACUUCAUAUGCUGAUGAAGUGAUUAUAAAGGAUUUCAAGGAUGUAGCCUCAUUGUCAGAAUUCUAUUCCAAUAAGCUGGUUAUUGCUUCUACUUGCCUAGGAGCAAACCACGUACUGUUUACAAAGAGGACCUUUGAUUUCUGCAUUGUAGAUGAAGCUUCUCAGGUUCUUCAGGCUGCAGCACUGGGGCCUCUAUUUCAUGCUUCUCGUUUUGUCUUAGUAGGAGACCCUCAGCAGCUUCCACCAGUGAUACAAAGCUCACAGGCCAAGGAUAUUGGUAUGAGCGAGUCUCUCUUCGUGCGCCUAGAUUCCAUUGGGUUGCAACAUCCCUGCCGUUUGACAACUGAGCAGUAUCGAAUGAAUGUGGACAUCAUGAAGUUGGCCAAUUGCCUCAUGUAUGAAGGUCAGCUACAGUGUGCGAAUGCUGAACUCGAGGGAAAGACACUAGACUUACCACAUUUUCAGGAGUUGGCUGCUCCAUCAGAUGGUGCUGAUUGGGUAAGGAUAGUGCUGGACCCCAGCAUUGAACAUUCUGUAUUCAUGGACACUUGCGGUCAUGCACCAGAGGAACGAGAUUGUGCAAAAAUGAUCAUCAACAGCAGGGAGACUGCCUGUGUUCUCGUCCUGAUCAAAGCGUUAUUGAAAGCAGGUGUGUGUGCAGAUGACAUAGGUGUAAUCACUCCGUACCGAGCUCAGGUCAAAAAUAUAUCAAACCAUGUAAAGAAAGAGGUUGAAAUGGGGCACAGAGUAGAGGUGAACACAGUUGACCAGUACCAGGGCAGAGACAAAAGUGUCAUUAUUUAUUCAUGUGUGCGGUCAGGCAUAUUACAGGCAGAGUCUGGUGAAAUAUUACAAGAUGAACGUCGCCUUAACGUAGCCAUAACUCGUGCAAAGUACAAGCUCAUCAUGAUUGGAGACAUGGCAACAUUACAGCUUUUUAAUCCUUUUAAAAAACUGACGGACAUUUUAGAGUCAUCACAGGUGUAUAAGAUGAAACAUGGCACCGAUGGUUUUAGUUGGUCGGAUCCUGGGUUGGCUUUUGUUUAGCUAAUUAUUGCAGUUUUACAGAAAUGCAUGGAAUAGAGAUUUAGUGUUAAAGCAUAAUUUAACAGUUAAUGAAAUAUUAUAAUAACUAAACCAGUCUGUUGCUUUUAUAUUGUAUUUCCUUAUGUAGGAUUUUUCAUUUGGUAAAUGUAUAAAUUUUUUUUUUUUUUUCAAAUUAUUGUGAUUCUUCCUUGUAACAUUUUUAUAUAAACUUUUUCAAAUUAUUUAGUUUAGCCUUUAAAGUAACAAGGUUUUUGUUACAUAUUGGUUCAUAUAAUCUUGCCAUAUUAUAGUUUUCAUUUUUUCGAGGAGAGUUUUCUUAGGAAACAUCCUCUAAAUUUUUUACCAUUUAAUUUGUAUAAAAACAUAUUGAUUACACUUAGGUAAUCUGCGUAAGACUGCUUUUGAUUUUAAGACUGCUGAAAAGUCUUAAAAUCUUAAAAUUACAAAGAAAAUAGCCACAGCUAUUUUCUUUGUAAUUUUUUUUAGUAUGUUUUUCAUAAAUUUUGAGAUAUGCAGAGUAACUUUAAUAAUACGUUUCUAUUUUACACUACUGUUGUUUUUAUAUCUGAUGAAAUUUACUAAAACAUGGAAAUAUGAGGUAGUUGAGAAUCUUGGGUUUGUCCAGCUUCAUGAAACUUGACAAUUCAGAGCUUCCUGUCUGGAGGAGCACUUGACAAAUAUUUGAAGUUCAACUAACAGGGUUUUUUGUACCAGACUAUUAUUGGUUCUCAAGUUUAUGACUUCUGAUGUGAGUAUUCAAUGAAGUUAGCUAUAUUCUGGCUACUUCGUCACAGUAUGGUAUAUUACCACUUCCAAUAAAAUAAAGUUUUAGUAUUCUUGAGAACAAUACACUUAAAAUAUCAUCUUCAGUUUACUUGUUUUGGUUAGGACCAGGCACGUGUAUACAUCAAAGCAUGUAAAACAUAUACCAAAGUGAAGACUGGAGUAGGUUAUGCAUCAAGUAUAAGACUCAUUUUCGAAAAUCAGACCCACUGUCUUUCAGUUUAUAAUCCAUGAAAGAUUUGCUCUGUAGCAACCAAUAAAUUAUAUUUGUAAGCACAAAAUAACCCUUUUAUACCCGAAUGUAGAAGUAUGUAUAGUUUCCUAUGCAAUAAGUGUCUGAUGUUUAUGUCUUAUGAUGUUUGUAAUAUAGGUUCCUUGCCAGUUUAUUUAAAACAUCAGAUGCUUUCGUUUAGCACUGCAAGGUAUUCUUGCAAUGCUGCCUUUUUAUACAUGUGAUAAUUAUUCAUAAAUAAAAGUUCUAUUUUAUAAACGUUUGU